AUUAAAAAAUACAAUAAAUACCUAUGAACAGUGUUUUCGAUAAAGAGCUUGGGUUUACCGUGUUUUUCGUGAGGAACAGUAAAAGUAAUUAGAGGUAACUUGUGCUUUUAAUUAAUUAAUUAAUAGUUGUAGAAUUAUUUUGAAAGGGCGAGAACCUUCUUUCAACUUCUUUCAAUAUUUUGACAACGUUGUUCCUCUUCUCUUGCAAGGGCGCGAACCUUCUUUCAAUUUCGCUGAAAGCUAAACGCUUUUCUCCACAGCUCUCGAACUCUCUCGUCGAGAGUCCUCAAUUUCUUUCACCUCAUUUCCUCCUCCGCCUUAAAACCCGAAACCGCCAAAUUCACCCCCGCAGAGCUAAUGGUCCGCAAUCCACCAGAACGAUGGCGGCUACCUGUUUGCAACGACGCGCUUCAACCCUAGCCCGAUUCAGUCGACAGACUCUUCCAUCCUCGUCGAGACUGUUCGCUUCCGAUUCCGGCGCCUUGGUCGAGGUCCCCGGCGAGGCCGCAAUUGUCGCACAAAUCCCCGAACAACAGCGUCGUAGAAGGGUCGUAAUCUACUCGCCAGCUCGGGCUGCGACGCAACAGGGAUCUGGAAAAGUUGGGAGAUGGUUCAUUAAUUUCCUUUCUGUACACAAGUGGGAGAAUCCAUUGAUGGGUUGGACAUCGACCGCAGAUCCAUAUGCGAACGUUGGUGAUGCAGGGCUUAGUUUUGAUAGUGCUGAAGCUGCAAUUGCAUUUGCUGAAAAGCAUGGUUGGGAAUACUCGGUCAAGAAGUUCCACGCCCCUAUUCUAAAGCCGAAGUCCUAUGCUGACAACUUCAAAUGGAAGGGUCCAGCUCCUGCCGAGGAUCACCAGUGAAAGACGUCUUUGUCUUUCCGGGUUGUUGUAAGCUAUCAGUCAAAACCUUGCAGUACCACCUGCCCUUUUGUUAGUACUAGUACGUGUCAAUGUAGAUAUUGGUUAGUGUAAUGUGUGGCUUGUAUUGAACCGGGGCACGCUUGCAUGUCCUCUCCUGGAUAUUAACGUUCUAAGAAUGUACAAAAGCCUGAGUUAUACCGGUUUCUGUUAUGAGCGAAAAAUGGAUUUCUGGCUUAGUUAUGGGAAUCCUUUGCCCAGUUCUUUGUUUUAUUCCUCUAUUCAUUGUUCUUGGAGUUGUUCAGAACUUACUCGGCUGUCCAAGUCCUUGCACAUCCACAACGAUUUUAGACAUUUACCCAACAGGAUUCACAAACGGACAUUUACCCAACUGGAUUCACAAACGAACUACUCUAAGCAUUUUAAAUAAGCUAAAAAGAGAGAG